UGGGCAGCUCUCUCGAGAAGGGUCCUCUUGCUGGGGGUGACAUUCAGUCGGCUAGCCUAGCAGCAACCGGACAAACAGCGUGCCUCGAUUACCGUCUCAAAAUGGCACAGGCAGUGCAAAAACUGGUCGCCAAAGUACCAUCUUUGGUUGGUGCCGCUGUCACCUACUCCAAACCCCGGCUAGCAACCUUUUGGCAUUACGCCCGCGUUGAACUUGUUCCACCAAGUCCAGCCGAGAUCCCCAAGGCCAUCGAGGGGGCAUCCAACCUCAUCAAGGGUUUCCAGACUGGACGACUUGGUCAAACAACAGUGAAGGAUGCUCUAAGGAAUGGGCUGGUGGCGACUGAAGUACUGAUGUGGUUUUACAUUGGCGAGUGCAUUGGAAAAGGAGGAAUUAUUGGUUAUGAUGUCUGAACUUUUGGACAAUCAUUAUUUUUCUUUUCCUCUUGAGCAUUGUAUGCUUUACGUCCUACUAAAUGUUUGGGAACAAUAAACAGAUGUCUAUUAUUACAAAGACAAA